CCUGGGCUUAGAGGGCCCGCAGGGAAUCUUUGGUCAGAUGUUCAGAGCACCGAUUCUGGGCUGGUUGUACUGGGGUGUGGAUGGCAGACGCGCUCUGCUCCUGAAGCAAUCCCGCGAUCUUGCCAUGAAGGGAGAAAGGGAUACGGGUCAGCAGAGGCAGCUGCUGCUGCUCCUGUUUCAUUUACACUGGCUGCUCCCUUCGGCCUCAGCCCUCCACCGCAGGACCUCUUUCCGUAUGGUGAAUCCUGGGGGGACCAAUUCCUUGCAGGAAGGGGAUGAUGAAACCUCAGCCUCGCUAAAGCUGAAGAGACCCUUGUGGUUCUAUGACGCUCAGUUCAGUAGCCUCUAUGUGGGCACUAAUGGAAUCAUCUCAACUCAAGAUCCUAGAGAGAUACAAUAUGUGAAUGAUGACUUUCCCACAGAAUUCCCUGCAAUUGCUCCGUUCUUAUCUGACCUUGAUACUAGCAGUGGGAGGGGAAAGAUCUCUUACAGAAAAGAUGACUCUGUGGAGAUAUUGAGCCAGGCAUCGCAAUAUAUUCGUACUGGGUUUCCCAAAACUGCUGCAAACUACACCCCAACACAUGCCUUUCUUGCUACAUGGGAGGAGGUGGGUGCCUAUGAGAAAGUGACACAAAAUGUGUUGCCAUCAAGACUGAUGAAUACUUUUCAGGUAGUCUUGGCAUUUGAUGAGUUUGAUACCUACGCUCUUUUUCUUUAUCCUACCAAUGGUCUUCAAUUCUUUGGAACUUGUCCCAAAGAAUCUUCUGAUACACAGCUUGAACUCCCAGCCAGAGUGGGUUUCAGCCGAGGUAAAGACAACUAUCAGAAGAGAGAAGGGAUUUAUUUUAGUGUAACUAGCACUGAACAAUCUGUGAAAAAUCUCUACCAAAUAAGUAACCUGGGCAUACCUGGAGUAUGGGCUUUUCACAUUGGCAGCACAUUCCACAUGGAUAAUGUUGAACCUGCAAACCUCAGAGGAAACCUUUCCAUAGCCCAUUCUCUGGAGCAGUUUCUUAAUAAUGCUGCAGAGUACAGUGUCCUGGAAAGUAACUAUACUGACGAGAAAACAGAUUAUGUUGAGGUUUUUUAUAAUAAAGAUGGUGAUGAAAAUGAACACUCACCCAGUGGACAAGAGCUAGUAUCAAACAGUCACAGCAAGAAAGAAGUUUUACUUGACUUACAUGCCACCUCUCAUAGUCAAGUAGAUAAUAGUGAAUCAAACCAUGAUGGUAUAUUCUCUCCACUGGACUCAGAGCAGAGAUUCAAAUUGCUGUAUCCAGCAACUAGUCAUUGGCCAUUAUCUCCUAAAACAGAAUCUGAUUCCUUGUAUCAUCAAAUUAAACAAGGGACACCAGAGAGGGAGGCAAUUUUUCAGAUAUCACAAGGCCACACUGAGUCUUCUCAGCAAAAAGGAAUUAAAAGCCCAGUUCCACCAGACACCAAUGGAGAAUUCCUCGAUCUCUUAACAGAAGCUUCACGAUUCUAUCCUAAAAAUGAAACUAUCCAGCCCUACCCAGAUGGUAGAGCUAUGUCUUCAGAAAUGGAAGCUCUCUCAGACUAUUCUGAGGGAGUUGUUCUUACAGAUUAUCAUUUUCCAGAAAAUACACCGCCAUUGAAUCAUGGGAGGUAUGUUGUGGGAAUGGAAGAAGAUAGCAGUUUCAAAACUGAUGUAUUCACACGUCAAGCUGCCAUCAAGGAAACAUGUGAACAGAACCACAGACAGUGCUCUCAGCAUGCUUUCUGCACAGACUAUCCCACUGGCUUCUGCUGCCACUGCCAGUCAAACUACUAUGGAAAUGGAAAGCACUGCUUGCUAGAAGGAGCACCUCACCGAGUCAAUGGGAAAGUGAGUGGCCAUCUCCAUGUAGGACAUACUCCAGUGUCCUUCACUGAGGUAGACCUGCACGCCUACAUCGUAGGAAAUGACGGGAGAGCCUAUAUAGCUAUCAGUCACAUCCCUCAUCCUGCAGCCCAGGCCCUGUUGCCUCUCACCCCAAUUGGAGACCUCUUUGGCUGGCUCUUUGCUUUAGAAAAACCAGGCUACAAGAAUGGCUUCAGCAUCACUGGUGCUACCUUCAGUAAUCACAUGGACAUCACCUUCUACCCAGGAGAAGAGAGAGUUCAUAUUACUCACAUCGCUGAAGGACUCGAUCCAGAAAACUACCUAAGUGUUAAGACAAACAUUCAAGGGCAGGUGCCUUUUAUUCCAGCAAAUUUUACAGCCCAUAUUGCACCAUACAAGGAGAUUUACCACUACUCCGAUUUGGCUGUGACUUCUACAACCUCCAGAGAAUAUUAUCUUUCAUUUGGUGAAAUCAACCAAACAUUCUCUUAUCAUUUAUACCAGAAUAUUACUUACGAGGACUGUAAGCAUACUUCUAAUCCCAGGAAUGUUCCUAGAACUCAGCAGCUAAACGUGGAUCAUAUUUUUGCCUUAUAUAACGAGGAAGAAAAAGUGCUUAGAUAUGCUAUGACCAAUCAGAUUGACCCAGUGGAAGGGAGUACAGACCCCUUGGUGCCAAAUCCUUGCUAUGAUGGAAGCCAUACAUGUGACAUAACAGCUCGGUGUCUGGUGGGAACAGGACUAGCCUAUUCAUGUGAAUGUGCAGCUGGCUACCAAGGAGAUGGAAGAAAUUGUUUUGAUGUUAAUGAAUGUGCAACAGUUUCCCACCUAUGUGGCCAUAAUUCUGUGUGUAUCAACUUGCCAGGGAGCUACAGAUGUGAGUGCCAGAGUGGUUAUGGAUUUGCAGAAGAUAAGCAUACCUGUAUUUUAAUUGUCCCACCAUCCAAUCCUUGUGAAGAAGGCAGUCACAAUUGUGCUCCUGUUGAAAGGGCCCAAUGUAUUUACCAUGGAGGCAGUUCUUACAGCUGUAUUUGCCUUUCUGGUUAUGUUGGCAAUGGACAUGAGUGUACUGAUGUUGAUGAAUGUAUAGAAGAAAGAUGUCACCCUGCUGCUACCUGCCAUAAUAUCCCUGGCUCCUUCUCUUGCCACUGCCAACCUGGCUACAAUGGAGAUGGCUUUCAGUGUUCUCCUGAACCUACACAGGGACCACAAACAGUUUGUGAGCGCUGGAGGGAAAGUCUUCUGGAACACUAUGGUAGCAGACCUCGGGAAGACCAAUAUAUUCCACAGUGUGAUGAGUUUGGCCAUUUUAACCCUUUGCAGUGUCAUGGAAACAGCAACUAUUGUUGGUGUGUGGAUAAGGAUGGCAGAGAAGUUGAAGGAACUAGAUCACAACCAGGAAUCACUCCUGCAUGUAUACCAAGCAUUGCUCCUCCCACCAUUCUGCCAUCCCCACGUCCUAAUGUUAUACCACCAUCUGUGGGUACAUUCCUGCUCUAUGCCCAGGGCCAGAAGAUUGGCUACCUACCUCUCAAUGGAACCAGGCUACAGAAAGAAACAGCCAAGACACUACUAUCACUGCAUGGUUCCAUUGUGGUAGGGAUAGACUAUGACUGCCAGGAGAAGAUGGUAUACUGGACAGACGUUGCUGGGCGUGUAAUCAGUCGGGCCAGUCUGGAAUUAGGCAAUGAGCCCGAAAUUGUCAUCAGUUCAGGACUGAUGAGCCCAGAAGGACUUGCCAUUGACUAUUUCCAUAGAACCAUGUUCUGGACAGAUAGUGGCCUUGAUAAAAUAGAGAGUGCCAAGUUGGAUGGUUCAGAGCGCAAGGUUCUCUUUGACACUGAUCUAGUGAAUCCUCGAGCCAUCACUGUGGAUCCAAUCAGAGGCAACCUGUACUGGACUGACUGGAAUAGAGAAGGACCUAAAAUUGAAACCUCUUCUAUAGAUGGAACAAAUAGAAGGAUUUUGGUGAAUAAAGACAUUGGACUACCUAAUGGUUUGACCUUUGACCCUUUCUCUAAACUGAUUUGUUGGGCAGAUGCAGGAACCAAAAAACUGGAAUGUGCAUUCUCAAAUGGAACUGGAAGGCAUAUAAUACAAAAUAAUCUGAAUUAUCCCUUCAGCAUUGUUAGCUAUGCAAAUCACUUUUAUCAUACAGACUGGAGAAGGGAUGGUGUUAUAGCAGUAAACAAAGAUAAUGGCCAGUUUACUGAUGAGUAUCUUCCAGAGCAAAGAUCACAUCUUUACGGAAUAACUGCAAUUUACCCUUAUUGUCCAAAAGGCAAAUAAACAAUCUAGAGGUGAGCAUCACGAUCUCAUUUUGUAAAACGGAUUGUGUCAAAGAUGAUGCAUAGGAGCUACAUUCCUUUAGCAGAUAUGCUGUUUGCUCCUGGAGUCCCAUCACCCCACCACUGUGAGAGCCACUGGUAGCCAUAACAGUACACAUGAGUACAAGUCCCACUGCAGCUAUGCAAUUACUUAUUAAUAGUCACUGAAUCUUCGUCCCUGGCACGCUACAUGAAAAGGGGUCAGCUUCCCUGUAUUUCUCCCUUUAAAUACCUGAUAAAAACACUUAGUGUGAGAAAGAGUAAGAAAAUAACCUUUUCCCCUUCCCUCUCCCUUCUCUCUACAGGAAUAAAGUAAUGAAUUCUAAAUAACAGAAUUUUAACUCUGAAGACUAUUUCCUUACCAACAGUUGGAAAAUGAGUGAAGAAAAUGAAAAAAACAGAAUAAAUGAAGGCUACUGCCAGUUUCUGGAUAUGCCACAAAAUGACCUUUUAGAGGGCAAAGAUUAGUAAGUGUAUUCUGGGAAAGUGUUAUACCUCAAUCUUUACUACUGUAUUUUCUAAAAACAAACAAAAAAAAAUUGAUAUUGAUACUAUAAGGAAAAAAUAAAAUCCACUAAGUGCUAUGAACAGAAUUUGAUUGUUGCUUAUAAAACAUUUUUAAAUAUAAUUACCAUAUUUCACUUUUAAGGUAAAAAUUCCUUAAAGAAAAAUUAAUUAAAUUUGAAAUGUAAAGAACUCAUAGAUCAAUUUUAGUUACAGGUUCCUCUUGGCUAAAAGAUUAUUUUGCUUAACUAAAAUAUGCAUUUAAAGAAAAAAAUAUAGUCCUAAAGAUCACAAAUGUCGAUCACAAGCCUUGAAGAAGCUAUGUAAGUAACAUUAAUGGGAAAAACCAAUGUAAUUAGGAUUUUUGAAGUUCUAAAUGUUGUCUCUUUACCUCACCACCAGUGAAUUUCUUUUAGUAUUUAUAUUAGAAGGUGCUAGAAUAAUUCAUUUUGUAUUUUAUAGUUCUUAAGUGCCUAUAUACCCAUAGCAGAAAAAAUUACAUUCAUGUAUACUUAUAAGAUAUAGUUCUAUUCAAAGGUUCUGGAUUACUUUAAUAAAACAUUUAAGUUUUCCUGUCAGUAAGACUUAGUGUUGUUUAUGACAAACUUGAGAAUCAUAAUAAAUAAUAAUUUUAAAUUCAAA